AUGACUAUUGCAAGCAAGGCAUUGAGUGCUAGACACUUUUCAGUCACUAGAAAUGUUAGUAAGAAGUUGAAUAAGUACUCUUAUAUCGUUACAGAACCUAAGGACCAAGGUGCAUCACAAGCGAUGCUUUAUGCAACUGGGUUCAAGAAAGAAGAUUUUAGUAAAGGUCAAGUUGGUGUAGGAUCAUGUUGGUGGUCUGGUAAUCCAUGUAAUAUGCAUUUAUUGGAUCUUAAUGAUAGAUGUUCACGUUCUGUGGAGAAGGCUGGCUUGAAAGCUAUGCAAUUUAAUACCAUUGGUGUUUCCGAUGGUAUUUCAAUGGGUACUAAAGGUAUGAGAUACUCUUUACAGAGUAGAGAAAUCAUUGCUGAUUCUUUUGAAACUAUAAUGAUGGCUCAACAUUACGAUGCCAAUAUUGCUAUCCCUUCAUGUGAUAAAAACAUGCCGGGUGUCAUGAUGGCCAUGGGAAGACAUAACAGACCUUCUAUCAUGGUUUAUGGUGGUACUAUUUUACCUGGCCAUCCAACCUGUGGUUCUUCAAAAAUUCCAGAAAACAUUGAUAUAGUAUCUGCUUUCCAAUCUUAUGGUCAAUAUAUAUCUAAACAAUUCAGCGAACAAGAGAGAGAAGAUGUGGUUGAACAUGCUUGUCCUGGUCCAGGUUCUUGUGGUGGUAUGUAUACUGCUAACACUAUGGGUUCUGUCGCAGAAGUGCUAGGUUUGACUUUGCCAAACUCUUCUGCCUUCCCAGCAGUUUCUCAAGAAAAGAUGAAUGAAUGUGAUUCCAUUGGUGAAGCUAUUAAGAAGACAAUGGAAUUAGGUAUCACUCCUCGUGAUAUCAUGACUAAGCAAGCUUUUGAAAAUGCAAUCACCUAUGUUAUCGCAACCGGUGGUUCCACCAAUGCUGUUUUGCACUUGGUUGCCAUUGCUCAUUCUGCUGGUGUCAAGAUUACUCCUGAUGAUUUCCAAAGAAUCAGUGAUAAGACCCCAUUAUUGGGUGAUUUUAAACCAUCGGGUAAAUACGUUAUGGCUGAUUUAAUCAAAGUAGGAGGUACCCAAUCUGUUAUCAAAUUCUUGUACGAAAACGGUUUCUUGCAUGGUGAUGCCAUUACUGUUACUGGUGAUACAUUAGCCGAACGUGCUGCCAAAACUUCUGGAUUACCAGAAGGCCAAGAUAUAAUCAGACCUGUUUCACAACCUAUUAAACCAAAUGGCCAUCUACAAAUAUUGUAUGGCUCAUUGGCUCCAGGUGGUGCUGUCGGUAAAAUCACUGGUAAAGAAGGUACUUUCUUUAAAGGUAGGGCUCGUGUUUUUGAAGAAGAAGAAGCUUUCAUUCAUGCAUUGGAAAGAGGUGAAAUUAAGAAAGGUGAAAAAACCGUUGUUGUCAUCAGAUAUGAAGGUCCAAAAGGUGGUCCAGGUAUGCCAGAAAUGUUGAAACCAUCCUCUGCGCUAAUGGGUUACGGUUUAGGUAAAGAUGUUGCCUUGUUAACUGAUGGUAGAUUUUCUGGUGGUUCCCAUGGAUUCUUAAUCGGUCACAUUGUUCCAGAAGCUGCCGAAGGUGGUCCAAUUGGUUUAGUUAAAGAUGGAGACGAAAUUGUUAUUGAUACAAAUAACAACAAGAUAGAUUUAUUAGUAUCCGAACAAGAAAUAGCCCAACGUAAAUCAGAGUGGGUUAAACCAGCUCCACGUUACACCAGAGGUACUCUAUCCAAGUACAGUAAAUUGGUAUCUAACGCUUCUAACGGUUGUGUAUUAGACGCUGACAAUUGA